GACGCAGUGGUCGGAGGGCGGCGGGAGGAGAAGUCUUCCUGAAACUGGGCGCGGGACAGAUCUGAUGCCCUAGCGCGGCGCACAUAGAUUCCUGCACCGGUAUGGAUGAAUUGAAGCAGAUCAUCUCCUUAGGCCAGCUUGUCUACCAACAGUGUGAAGAGAUGAAAUACUGCUGGAACCAGUGCCAGCGCUUGGGGAAACACAUCCAUGGCCUGCUGCAGCCUCUGGAGAUGCUCCAGGACCAAGGACAGAAGAACCUGUCCACGCAGCUAACUGCUGCCCUGCUCAGUUUCCAGACUGUCCUGGAGGAAGCUAAGGAUCAGAUAAAAAAGUUCAACAAUAAAUCCAAUGUCCAAAAGUUUCUUACAGCAGGGACUGACAAAAUACUCUUUAGUGCAGUGAACAAGAGGCUGAGAGACGUCUCGGAGGAGCUCUCGCUGGUGCUUCAGGUUGAUCAACGGACCUUCCAUCAGCCCUGGCAAAAGGAGGAUCAGCGAGAUGCAGAGGAAGACAUGAUAUUCGCUGCUCUUUUUCCUGCAGAAAAGGAAAAUAUAGACCUUCUACUGAGGUAGUUGGAAAGCAACAUGAAAAUCAUUGAAACCUUGAGGCAAUACUUGAAGAAACCCAUAAAUAAGCUCCCACAAGAGCAGAUCAAAGAGAUAGAGAAGGAGCAGAUUUCAGGGUCCCCAUGGAUCCAGCUAAGGAAAAAUGAAGACAGCACACUGUAUAAAGGAGAAUACCACAAAUGUCCAGUGACCAUAAAAGCGUUCAGCAAUCCCCAGGCCACAAGUAUUGGAACAGUGAGGCAAACUUUCAAUAAUGAGAUCAGAACCAUGAAGAAAUUUGAUUCUCCCAACGUCCUUCGUAUAUUUGGGAUUUGCAUUGAUGAAAAAGAGAAUCCUGCUCAAUUCUGCAUCAUCAUGGAGCACUGUGAAUUUGGGACCCUGAGGGAACUACUAGAUAAGGAACAGAACUUGGAAUUCGGUGUGUGCAUCUUCCUAUCUGGGGCAGCCCGAGGCUUGUACAGGCUGCACCAUUCUGAAGAACCUGAACUCCACAGAAACAUCAGCAGCACAAGCUUCCUGGUUGCUGAGGGCUACCAUGUGAAGCUUGCAGGAUUUGAGUUGAGCAAAACACAAACAUCCAUCAGCAGGAAAGUUAAGGAAAGAAGAGCAGAGAAAGUCAAUUCUACAGCAUACGUUUCACCCCAGGGACUGAAAAAUGUGUAUCAUAAAUAUGACAUAAAAGCUGAAAUAUACAGCUUUGGAAUCGUCCUCUGGGAAAUCGCCACUGGGAAGAUCCUAUUUAAAGGCUGUGAUUCUAGGAGGAUCCGUGAGCUGGCAGAAUCAGAUGGGUACCAGGAGCCACUGGGUGAAGACUGCCCUCCAGAGUUGCAGGAGAUCAUUGAUGGGUGCCGGGCCUAUGAGCCCUCCGAGCGGCCCCUUGUUGAUGUCAGGGCUUUUUCUGGUCGUUCCAUAUUCCAGCUCCAAAGAGCAAGAGCCACGCACGUUCCUUCACAUUUGUGA